GUCCCGGUUGCCGGUGGGAGGGGGAGGCGGUGCGGGUCGCCAUGGCGAGCAACGCCGCCAGCCUGAACGCGGUGCGGGAGACCAUGGACGUUCUGUUUGAGAUUUCAAAGAUAUUAAACACUGGCUUGGAUAUGGAAACAUUGUCUAUUUGUGUGAGGCUUUGUGAACAGGGGAUAAAUCCAGAAGCAUUAUCAUCUGUUAUUAAAGAACUACGUAAGGCUACAGAAGCUCUAAAGGCUGCUGAAAAUAUGACAGGCUGACAUUGGAGAAAAUUUCUGCAUGAGAAGAAUGCCAAGUUAAUAGAGACUGAAGUAAAAUAAGUGUUUGUGUGAAGGUUUUAGAAUAUUUAUGUAAUCCUUGAAAAGGAUGAUGUCUAGAAUAGCUUUGAAGAGUUUUUUACUAAGAUAAGUUUACCAAUAAUCUCAUUACUUGGUAUUUUUGUAAACUAUUUGUGAAUACAGUGCAAUUGUUCUGCUUUGGCAUCCAGUAUUUUUAAAACUGUCUCAGAUACUGCAUAGUUGCUGAACUUACUAGUGUGUAGCAACAAGUAUUGUUAUAAUGGGUAUAGUUUGUUCACACAUUCUUCAGAAUUGCUUAUAUAACCUGGUUUUUAUCUCAUGCUUUGAUGGAAAACUACAUUUACAAUUUAGCUUUGCUCUAUGCAUCAAAUAGGAAUGAAGCCCAUCCUGACUUUAUUUUAAUUAAGGUAAGGAUAGUGACGUUUCAAUCUGAAAGCAAGAAGUAAAGCACUUUUGUUAAUGUAGGUAACUAAUUGUCCUUUUUAUUCAAAUUGCUGGAAAAAGUGCCUUUAAUUUGGAUAACAAAAUUACUUGCUAUCCAUGCAGAAAUAUAUUUAAAUUUAAAUUCUAGAUUACAUGGAAUGUUUUACAGAGUUCAGAUGCUAAGUCUGUUACAGAAUCACAAAAUUGUCAUGAUUGGAAAGGACCUCUGAGAUCACCAAGUCCAACAGUCAACACAAAAAAACCAAAAAAACCCAAACCAACCAAACAAAAAAAAACCCCACCCAAAACAAAAAACAAGAACAACCACACAGUUCACCAGAAAACACCCAGAAAAAAAAAAAUCCCUAAAGCCUCAGCUGCUAGAGCAUGCCCUCAAGUUCCUCAUCUACAUGUUUCUUGCAUACUUCCAAGAUGGUGACUCAACCACCACCCUGGGCAGGCUAUUCUAGUGCCUGACCACUCUCUGUAUAGAAAUUCUUCCUAAUACCCUAUCUAAACCUCACCUGCUGAUUACCUUUUCCUGCCCUGUUACAUUUGUCCUGAUUACCAGACCUAAAAAUAUUGAUGAUAUAUUGUUAUUUUCUAGUUAUACCAAAUAUGAGAAGCACUGGAUUUUGUUGAUGGGUAUCAAUGAGUCUUAAAAAGUCAUUUGGUAUAGGAAUGUCCUCUUAUUCAGCACUAGGAAUCUUCACUGCCAAAACAAAUGUUUAUAGUAUAUACAGUAAACUGUUUAUCAUGUUAGUUUCCAGUAAAUAUCCUUGCAUCCAGGAAUUCUACUUCAUAAGAAAAUGGUUUCUUGUGUAUUCCUUGUCUGCUGCUGUUUAAACUUUUUCAGAUUUUUUUUUCUUACCGUGGUUUCAAGGUGUAGUGUUCAUGCGACCUGAAGUAACCUCUGAUGUUAAGGUGGACCACACUUGGAAAUGAAGCUGGAAUCUUAGUUAAGCCAGACUUUGUGCAGAGAAAGAAAGUUGUUUAAAUCAUAUGCACUCUAGGUCAUAGCUCUACGAAAAGUGAUCAAGGAAGCUAAAUAGUUCAUGCUGCUGACAGAAAGAAUAGAAAAAAUAUUUAUAUUACACUGAAUCACCCGUAUUUCCAAUUAGCUUGUCCAAAAAAAUCAUCCCAGGAGUAUGCUGUGAAUUUCUGGAUAACCACACUGGGAGACUUGUAAGUGGUAUCAGUUUGUUUGCUCAUAUGAACAGCUAAAAUUGUUUGUAAGUUGGUGUUGUAACUUCGUAUUUGUAACUUUUGAAUACUGAUUGUAAAGCUUUUUGGAAACAUUAAGAUUAUGAAAAUAUAUCAAUGAUGAAAUUUAUCCUAGAAAAUCUGACAAGUCAGUCAAACAUCAUGAAAACACUGGGUCACAUCAGCACAAAUUAGCAAUUAGUUCUUUUACUUUAAUCUAGACACAAUGCUACAUGUCAAAAAUGAGAAAAGACUGGAGAGCAUUCUUCUUUUCAGGAGUCACAUAUAAGUCAGUGAGUUCUGACUUGUGAAACUUGAACUCUAAAAGUGUUCUGUAAACUGCAGCAAAUUUGCCCAAAAUAAUUGAGCUCCUAUUAGAGUGCAGGUUUCUGCUGGAGCUUUUUCUUUUCCUCCAUUGCCAGAUCUCAGGACAAUCCAGGAGUUCUGAUGACUUCUCUUGAAUGUCAUUCUCUUGAUUACUUUGCAUUUAUGUAUUUCCGGGGGGUUUUCUAACAUACUAUUCUGAUUUCAGUUUUGGUUCUAUGGCCGUUAAAAUGCUUAAACCAGCUUACAAAUGCAAUGAGAGCAAUUUAUAUAUAACUCUUGAUCUGUCCGGUAAGUUGCACCUACCAUUUUACCAUCAAUAAACUUACUGGUUUUAAACAGUUAGACAUUUGCUGGUAGACCAUUUCUCUUGCAGAAUUAUAGGAGCGGGCCAUCGUUUUGACAUUCAGAAACCUUGUUUGAUGGAUAUAAAACUAAAAAUGUAUCAUUUUCAUUAUAACAUGGAACUAAACUAUAACAUUGGUUGUACUUAAUAGUUCAUUUAUACAAAAUUAUAUUUAAAUGUUGUAAGAUUGAAUACAUAGUAUAUUUGAGUUGAAAGCAGGGAAGAGGUUUGGUUUUUUAAAAUGGGCAGAUCUGUGGUUACUUCAGUAUAUGUGGCAAAGUUUCUUUCAAAAUAUUGUGCAGAGUAAAUGUACUUAGAAAUUGGUGUAAAAGAACUGAUCACUUUUGAUUUGGGUUACCCUCCAGAACAAAUACAGUAUUUUGUUUCCUUCCUCCUGGUAAGAGAAUGAAAAUCUCUCCAGUAGGAAGUUUCAUACUGGAAA